AAAAGUAACGGUGCCUUUCCCGCUCCAAUUCGAUUGUCCAAUUGGCAUGGAAACUUUGUGAUUUUGUCUCGUUUAAAAGUAAUUUUCUUCGUUUAUUUUCGCGUUUCGUGUGUUUGAAAACGUGAUAGAAAUGAGUAUCCAGGACGAGAGUUUUCCGGCGGACGAGCUGUUCGACCAGCUGAACAACCUGAGCAGUCUGGGCGCCAGGAACACGUGGUUUGCGGAGCACCAUCAACCCGCCGCCUUUGAGAGGAACACGGCGCAGUUUUUGGACACCUGCUACGCGGAUGCGGAUGAGGAUGGGGAUGCGGAUGGGGACGCGGAUGUGGCCAAUAAGAGCGCCAAAACGUGCGUCAGCGAUCCCGCCGGUCGCGACCAGGAGGACGAGGAUGAUGUCGAUGGCGGUAAGUAUCAAUUGGGCGGCGGGGAGGGCCCAUUGGGCAGUGGGCGUGGCAGCAAGGCGGUGUCCUACCAGGACAUCCACUCGGCCUACACGAAGCGCCGCUUCAAGCACGUGAAGAGCAAGGUGGCCCAGUACAUAGCGGACAUCCAGGCGGAGGACGAAAAGCGACGCAGUGCGUCCGGUCUGGGGAUCCAGCGGCACAGCUCCAUGCCGGAAUACCUGACGCCCACAUCGCGGCGGGAGUUCAAGGCGGAGAUGGAUGACUCCCAGUCGCAGAAUCAGGCCCAUUCGCAGACCAACAACUCCAGCUGCAGCGAGGAGCACUUGCUGGCGGUGAUCGAGAACCUGCAGGAGGACAAGAUGCGCCUCCAGGCGCGCAACGACUACAUCCAACUCGCCCUGGACAAGAAGCGGUCCGAGUACCUGCAGAUGCGGAGCAACUUCGAGACCUGUCGCUCGGAGCUAAGCGACUGCCAGCAGAAGCUGAGGCGCCACCAGAGCCACUCGCUGAGGUCCCUGAACUCCUGGCCGCCGGCGGGCAUCGCCAAGGCCACCCAAACGGAGGCCGCCGAGUCCAGUGCCCUGGUCACACCCCUUCCGAGGGGCGACCUCACCUACAACAGCAGCGAGGGCUCCAUCGAGAUGGCCCUGCUCAGCGUGGCGGCCCCCGUGCCCAGAAUCCCCCAGAAUCUCGGCCAGACCAUCCAUCCGCAAUCGCUGGACUUUAGCAGUGUCAGCACGGAAGCCGAUGGCAGUGGAACCCUAGCCGGCGAGGCUCGUGGCAACUCCUCGUCCAGGGCCCCGGCGAGGAGGCCACCGGCGCCCAACAACUCGGAGACCAGCCAGCCGAGCAGCAACGACUCGGCCAUCGAGGUGGAGGGCAACGAGGAGGAGCGACCCUCGGCCAGGCAGUGGAUCCAGCGGAAUCAACGCGGGGGCAUCUUCUACUUCGACAAGCGCAGCAAUCGAGUCAUCGAGGUCAUCGGCAUCAGCCAGAACCAUCGGGAUCACAAUCAGGGCCAGGAUACGAGUCAAAGUCAGAGCAUCAACGACAGCCAGGCCCAACUGCUGGUCCACUCGAUGUCGCAGUCGCAGUCGCAGGUCCAGACCAAUGUCCACUUCAGGAGCAAGAGGAGCUCCGCCUCGCUGGGCAGCCGGGUGCUCCGCCUCUUGGGGCCCUGUGUUCGGUGCAGGAAUGGUGGUGACCCGACCUUGAAUGGCAGCAAUGCCACGUAUACGUUGGACUUGUCCCUAUUGCCGGGAGGAGAGUUCAGGGACCCAAGGAACCAGCGAUAGGAUCGAUCCCCCAUCCAUUCCAUUUUAUUUGUUCUUUGUAGGCUCAUAUCUUGUUAUAUUUUUUAUGUCGCGUUAAGUUUAUCCAUUUGUAGUCUCAAUUUUUAUUGCCGCCGUAUUUAUUCAACCCAGUGUGUGCAUGUUUAGCCAAAUGAAAGAGAGAAAGAAUUCGAGGUAUUGUAGGAGAAAUGUUAAAUUUAUUUCAUUCCGAUUAUAUUUGCUUGUUUUAAUAAUAAAUUUGCACAUUUGCAGUUAUAUCGAAAAA